GUCUGACCGCCCGACGGCCCCGGGUUGCGUGUGCCGUUCCCCAACGCGCGCACUUCUUCGGUUCUCUAUCCUCUUCCGGUCCCCCUGUGCCGUGUGUCUGUGGUUGCGGCGCGCAAGGGUGAAUACCAACCACCGAUCAUCGUCGCGAUCGGGCGAGACCAGUGAGGGAAACGGUGUGUGAGUGAAGUGUUACUUGCUUUAUAUUGUGGGAAAAUACAGCCGCUACGGUGGCUCAGCACGCAGAGUUCCCCGGCGCGGCCAGGGCGUUCAUGGCGCAGCCAAGGUAUGACGAUGGCGGGCUGCACGGUGGUUACCUCGAGGGCGGAGGUGGCGGCGGCGGCGCAGGGCUGUACGAUCCGCACGGGAGCGCCCGAGGGGUGCCAGGCCUCCAUCACAGUCCACACCUCGGGGGUAUGGGACCAGCACACCCCCAGUAUCCACCACCCCCGCCGCAGCCACCCCAGCACGUUCUCGCGGCUGCGGCCGCGGCAGCUGCGUCCGCGGUGCCCGACGUACACAAACGCGACAAGGACGCGAUCUACGGACAUCCCCUGUUCCCGCUUCUCGCGCUAAUCUUCGAGAAGUGCGAGCUCGCGACGUGUACGCCGCGCGAACCCGGCGUCGCGGGCGGCGACGUCUGCUCGUCCGAGAGCUUCAACGAGGACAUCGCUGUCUUCUCCAAACAGAUCAGACAAGAGAAACCAUACUACAUCGCGGAUCCGGAGGUGGACUCGCUG